UCCAUACGCUGGCCCCAACAUCGCUCUCUCUCUCUUUAAAAGUUUGAAACUGAAUUAGCAGAGUAGUGAGUAGAUAAUCUUCGGGGGGUUGGACACGAGGAAGGAGAAAGGGAAGGAAUUGACAGAUUUUACAAUGACGCAUUAGCCCUUUUGUUUCUUCAUUUCUUCUUUCCUUCGUUUUCUUUUCAAAUUUGAUUUCGUCUUCUUUUGGGUGACCUUCUGUGUUUCUCUCAGCGUCGGGGUUGAGUAAGCCGUAGAAUUCAUUAUGGUGGCAACUGCUGCUACGUCGUCAUUCUUUCCUGUUACUCCACCAUCAUCGGACUCAGGUGCGAAGGCAGCCAAGCUUGGUGGCGGGCCUGUGAACCUGGGAGGACUCAAAUCAAAAUCCACAACUCAUGGUGGAUUGCAAGUUAAGGCAAAUGCCCAAGCCCCUACCAAGGUCAAUGGAUCCACGGUUACUACAUCUUUCGAAGGCACAAAGCGUGAGGAUGAUUUGCCAUCGCCUGCUCCAAGGACAUUCAUCAACCAGUUACCUGAUUGGAGUAUGCUUCUUGCUGCCAUCACAACAGUUUUCUUGGCUGCAGAGAAGCAGUGGAUGAUGCUUGAUUGGAAACCAAGGCGACCUGACAUGGCUUAUGAUCCCUUUGGAAUAGGAAGAAUUGUUCAGGAUGGUCUUGUGUUCCGUCAGAACUUUUCCAUCAGAUCAUAUGAAAUAGGUGCUGACCGAACUGCAUCUAUAGAGACAUUGAUGAACCAUCUGCAGGAAACUGCACUUAAUCAUGUAAAGACUGUUGGGCUUCUUGGUGAUGGCUUUGGUUCUACGCCUGAAAUGUGCAAGAAAAACCUAAUAUGGGUAGUUGCUAAGAUGCAGGUCGCAGUUGAUCGCUAUCCUACAUGGGGUGAUGUUGUUCAAGUAGACACUUGGGUUUCUGCAUCUGGAAAGAAUGGUUUGCGGCGUGAUUGGCUUGUGCGUGACUGCAAUGCUGGAGAAAUACUGACCAGAGCUUCCAGUGUUUGGGUUAUGAUGAAUAAACUGACAAGAAGGCUAUCUAAAAUUCCGGAAGAGGUCAAAGGGGAGAUUGGGACUUAUUUUGUGAAUUCUGAUCCAGUUUUGGAAGAGGAUAACAGAAAGCUAUCUAAGCUUGAUGACAACAUGGCAGAUUAUAUUCGAACUGGUUUGACUCCUCGAUGGAGUGAUUUAGAUGUCAAUCAGCAUGUUAACAAUGUGAAGUACAUUGGCUGGAUCCUGGAGAGUGCUCCACAGCGGAUCCUGGAGACUCAUGAGCUUUCUGCCAUGUCUUUGGAGUAUCGAAGGGAGUGCGGUAGAGACAGUGUCCUCGAAUCCCUCACUGCUGUCUCCGGUGCAGAUGCCGGCGAGUUAGCUCACAGUGGGGACAUUGAGUGCAAGCAUUAUCUUCGACUCGAGGAUGGUGCUGAGAUUGUGAGGGGAAGGACUGAGUGGAGGCCCAAACACGUGAACAAACUUGUUGCCAUGAAGGAGGCUCCAGCAACGAACACUUGACUUCUAUAAUGGUCAAUGGGUCAUCCUCUUCCUACCUCCUCUGGACAAUUCUUGCUUGUCUUUUCCCCAUCUUUCAUGUUCAUUUUAUGUGCCUUCUGCUUUGCCCCUUAGAAGGUUAUGGGGGAAAAGUGGAAACAGUCCCGUUCUCUCUGUAAUUAUCCUCCCUCCCUCCCUCCCUUCCUCUCCAUCAGUUUAAUGGUUCUGUUUGUUUAUUUAUCGUUAGACACCAUGGCACAUUUCAGCUGGGCUGUGUACAAUAUUUAUUGGUUUCAUUAUAUUCAGGAGGCAUGUAUGCAUGAAUGUAUGUAUAUUAUAAGAUUCUUUUGUUUAAGUAAAAAAAUUUGCUUGUGAAGAAAGCACAAUUAUUAUAAAUGUAUAUUCUGUUGUUGAAGAACGA